CAGAAGUUACACCAUUUGGGUAAGAGGUCCAAAAUGCCACACAUCGACACGGACAUCAAGUUGGACUUCAAAGAUGUCCUCCUGAGGCCCAAACGGAGCACCCUCAAGUCCCGCAGUGAGGUGGAUCUCCUGAGGUCUUUCGUGUUCCGGAAUUCCAAGCAGACGUACACCGGGAUCCCCAUCAUCGCCGCCAACAUGGACACCGUGGGCACCUUUGAGAUGGCCAAGAUGCUCUGCAAGUUCUCUCUUUUCACAGCCAUCCACAAACACUACAGCCUGGAGGAGUGGAAGGAGUUUGCAGCCCAGAAUCCAGAGUGCCUUCAGAACGUGGCAGCCAGUUCGGGCACCGGGGCCUCCGACUUUGAGCUGCUGGAGCAGAUCCUGGAGGGCGUGCCCCAGGUGCGCUACAUCUGCCUGGACGUGGCCAACGGCUACUCGGAACACUUUGUCCAGUUCCUGAGAGAUGUGCGGAAGCGAUUCCCUGACCACACUAUCAUGGCUGGGAACGUGGUGACGGGGGAGAUGGUGGAAGAGCUCGUCUUGUCAGGAGCCGACAUCAUCAAAGUGGGCAUCGGACCAGGCUCCGUUUGUACCACGCGGAAGAAGACGGGAGUGGGCUACCCCCAGCUCAGCGCCGUCAUGGAAUGCGCCGACGCGGCUCACGGCCUCAAGGGGCACAUCAUCUCGGACGGCGGCUGCAGCUGUCCGGGGGACGUGGCCAAGGCUUUCGGUGCUGGCGCAGACUUUGUCAUGCUGGGAGGCAUGCUGGCUGGACACACGGAGUCCGGGGGAGAGCUGAUCGAGAAGGGAGGCAAGAAGUUCAAGCUGUUCUACGGCAUGAGCUCUGAGAUGUCUAUGAAGAAAUACGCCGGGGGCGUCGCGGAAUACAGGGCCUCGGAAGGGAAGGUGGUGGAGGUGCCCUUCAAGGGCGACGUGGAGCACACCUUGCGGGACAUCCUGGGGGGCAUCCGCUCCACCUGCACGUACGUGGGGGCCGCCAAGCUGAAAGAGCUCAGCCGCAGGACCACCUUCAUCCGGGUCACCCAGCAGGCCAACCCCAUCUUCGAUCAGCCCUGACCCGACUCUUCGAGGAGAGGCAUCCGCCUGGUGCGCGUGCACCACCCCCCCGACUGACCCCCCACUCGCCUGCCUUUUGGGUCUUGGAGACCGGCCAGACGCCCGGCGCCUUCUCAUUCCAGAAACUGACCAAUUUGGCGGACUCUCCUUCCUCCGGGCCGCUUUCACUCCCGCCGCUUCUCGUUCAUUCCAGCGCCCUCCGUGACUCCCCAACACCCCUGUCACUCGAGGAGGAGAUGAGGUGGGGGGUGGGGAAGGUCCCCACCACAGUCCCACUGCCUCGCUCUCCCUCCCUGCGACGGGGCUGCGAAAGACGAAGAGGAAAA